AUGUCUGUUUCCCCUAACACCUCAGUCAACAAGGCGUUUGACUACGACUUUGAGAAGGAAGUUGCCGUCUCGGGCAACAUUGUCAACUCUCAGGCUGCCGCCAACGGAAACGACUUCCGAUAUGGAGAGGAGACUGAGCUUCAUCGAGGUCUCAAGGCCCGUCACAUCACCAUGAUUGCCAUUGGUGGUGCUCUGGGUACUGGUCUGGUUAUUGGAACUGGUUCUGCUCUUGUUGAUGGAGGACCCGGCUCCAUUCUCGUUGCUUACUCGUUUGUUGGUCUUAUUGUUUACCUUGUCAUGUGUGCCCUCGGAGAGAUGGCCACUUACCUGCCCCUUCCCGAUGGAUUCUCCGGAUACGCCUCUCGAUUCGUCGACCCUUGCCUUGGUUUCGCUGUUGGAUACACCUACUGGUUCAAGUACAUCAUCAUCACCCCUAACCAGCUGACUGCUGCAGCUCUUGUUAUCCAGUACUGGCUGCCGAGAGAAAAGGUGAAUCCAGGAGUCUGGAUUACCGUUUUCCUGGUAGUCAUUGUCGCCAUCAACACCAUUGGUAUCAAGUUCUUUGGAGAGUUUGAGUUCUGGCUGUCGUCCAUCAAGAUUAUCACCGUUGUGGGUCUUAUCAUUCUGUGUCUGGUUCUCACUCUUGGAGGAGGCCCUGAUCACGACCGAAAGGGCUUCCGAUACUGGAAACACCCCGGUGCCUUCAAGGAGUACCAGAAGGGUGAUCUGACCAUCCACGGCUCCAAGGGCCGAUUCGUUGCCUGGGCUGCCUGUCUCGUCACUGCUGUCUUCGCCUACCUUGGUACCGAGCUCGUCGGUGUCACCGUUGGAGAGGCCCAGAACCCCCGACGAAACGUGCCUCGAGCCAUCAAGCUGACCUUCUACCGAAUCUGCUUCUUUUACAUUCUGCUGGUCAUGCUUCUGGGAAUGAACGUUGCCUAUGACGAUCCCGGACUUGCCUUUGCCAAGAAGGCCUCCACCUCUGCCGCUGCCUCUCCUUUCGUUGUUGCCAUCUCCAACGCCGGUAUCAAGGGUCUGCCUCACGUUAUCAACGCCGCCUUUCUGCUUUUCGUUUUCUCCGCCGCCAACUCCGAUCUCUACAUUGCCACUCGAACCCUCUACGGUCUUGCUGUCAACGGAAAGGCUCCCGCCAUCUUUUCCCGAACCACCAAGCACGGUCUUCCCGUCUACGCCAUGGGACUGUCCACUUGCUUCUGUGCUCUGGCCUACCUCAACGUCUCGUCUUCUUCCGAGACCGUUUUUGGCUACUUUGUCAACCUGGUGUCCAUUUUCGGCUUGCUCACUUGGGUUUCCAUUCUUGUCACCCACAUUUUCUUCAUGAGAGCUUGCAAGGCCCAGGGCAUUGACCGACACCGAGAUCUCGUGUGGUGUGCCCCCUUCCAGCCCUACGGCUCCUACUUUGCCCUCUUCUUUUGCAUUCUCAUCUCGAUCUUCAAGAACUUCACCGUCUUCAUCAACGGCUUUGACUACAAGAACUUCAUCACCGGAUACCUGGGUAUUCCUCUGUUCUUGGCUCUCAACCUGGGCUACAAGUUCUUCUACAAGACCAAGAUGGUGCAGCCUGAGGAGGCCGAUUUCUACACUUACAAGGACGUGAUUGAUCGUCAGGAGGAGGAGUUCCUUGCCGAGCAGGCUCGGGAGCGAGAACUCAACCCCCCCGGCCGGGGCAUGAAGAUUUAUGAGAACACUCUCGGACUUCUCUUUUAA